AUAAAUAAAAAUUCAGUUCACUAUUAAGCAUACUCUGAGCAGUAUAGAAAAUGGUUGAUUACAGUCCAGUAAUUGUAUACAGUUGAUUUGUUUAUAACAAAGUUAACAGUCAGUUUCAAGCAUUGGUUUAUUAAGUUUAGGGUUGUAGUUCAGAAAUAUUACUUGCUUGCUUAGAUCCAAUGAAGUGGUAGAUAAUCAACUGUUUUUUUUUUUGUUCCGUGAGUUUUAGUUUAAUAUUUCAAUAACAGCUAGUGUUUAAAGGUGGUUAGAUGUUUACAAUUUUAUUAUAAGCUGAAAUGGCUGAUUUGCAUGAAAACGAAGCUUUUAAUUACGAAGAAAGUAAAAUAAAAUAUUUUGAAGAAAUUUUACAAAAGCGAAGCAAAAUCAAAUACUUCCCUUAUGACGAAGAAAGUAAGAAAGAAUUUAUUUUAUUUGUUAAAUCUAAAAAGAAACCCUACUAUAUGAAAUUUGAUACCAUUAAAAGCAGUAAUAAUGAUGAAUUACUUAUUUUAAAGAGAAGGAUUCCUGGCGAUCCUAUAACGGAAGUACUACCAGUAACAAAAUGUUUUGACGUCAUGGCGGAAAUACAUUUGCUUGAACGCCAUGCUCUCUCUAGCGAAAUGGCGGCAAAAUUAAAAUUGAUCUAUCACAUCUCACCGAUUGUUAUAUCCAUUUUUGUAAGAACCUGUAACGUGUGUCAGUCUAAAUACCACUGGAAUGUAAAGAUUUCAAAUUAUACUCCCCAAUUUUCUGUUCUAUGUAAAAUAAUACGAUUAUAUUCCGAUCCUGAUAACAGAUUCUCCCAUAUUAUAAUUUAUGUUGACACGGUGAGCAAUUAUGUUCUGAUUAGACCUACGUACUCAGAAGACGUUUAUGUAGUUGCUUAUGAACUGUUGAAAAUAUUUCUUGAUUUUGGAUUGCCAGAAAACUUAAUAGUUGGCGAUAAAGAUGCAUUUUACACAACUAUAAUGGAAAUUUUGGAAUCUACAGACGUAUUUCCAAGUUUGCCAAGUGUAAUACGGAAAAAAAAUAUUUAUAGACUCGAUUGGGCAUCACAAACAACUACUUUACUUAUAACAUCAUGGAUGAGGACACGAAACAGUCGCAAUUGGGCUAUUGGUUUGAAAGAAAUACAAUGGCAUUUGAAUAAUUUAGUGGACUUUAAAAUAUUAAAUUCAAGAAAACUGACAGAUGGCACUAAUUCACCAUUCAAUGCCCACUUUGGUUUUAUACCAAAUCAUAAUGUCAUUAAAACGACUGAAGAACCGAGAAUGGUUGUACCUGUUCAGCCAAUAAAACCUAAAACGAAACCCAUAAAUACUUUUGAAAGCAGCUGCUUGAAAUGCGGUAAAAAGAUUUAUGAAAUAUAUUAUAGAAGCUGUGUAAUAUGCAAAAGAAAGUGCCAUUUUGAUUGCUGUGUUAUAAAUGUGGUUGAACCGUCACCGGGUGUUCGCAACUUAGAAGCAACGUGCGAUCCGUGCGAGGAAAGGAAAAAUAAAUUAGAAAGAAACCCGAAGCUAUUAACCCUAUUACUUAACCCUUAAUAAAAUUAGAAAUCUAAUAACAUGUAACCGUCA